UCCUUUACCCUAUCCGUGCUCACUAACGCCAACUUCCCCUCAUCAUAUCCUUGAGGCGGCAGCUGCACCAGCUGUAAGCGGUUAGCUACUGUAGCCAAUUGAAAAGCAUUGGCCGCCUGUGAUUGCAGUGCUUUCUCCUAUUGAUUGCGCGCGGAGUAAUGUGGACGAGCGUGGCACUUGUCUUGCAGUCAGUCUUACUAGUGGAACCGAGCUGGGCUCGCUAAACCCAGUAACGUUGUCCGGUACACACAGAAGGAGGGAAGCUUUUUGAUUCAACGUCAGAUAACAUUUGAUCCAAAUCGCCAAAGGCCCAAUCGGAAAAGCUUGUUUUCUUAAUCAGAUCGGCUUGUUUCUCCACCACCAUCUUUCUCUCUCUCCCUCGCAGUUGCAGAAAAUUGCUCCGCAGCCUUGUAAGCAAUUGGUGCACUGUGAGCGACCAUCAUAAAUCUGGAGGAUUUUCAGCGUCCGCGGGUUUGCUUCUGAAUUUGCUUAGGCAGGCUCUUUUAAGGAGUUGAGUACGCAGGUUGGAGAAAUUGAUAAAAUGGCACAAAAAUGCGUCUUAUUUUUAUUGUGGCUUUCGGGCAGAUCACUCGCGGGAUUUCCCAAUCAAAUUAAUAUAGGUGGUCUGUUCAUGCGGUCCACUGUGCAGGAGCACAGUGCGUUUAGGUUCGCUGUUCAGCUCUACAACACCAACCAGAACACUACGGAGAAACCCUUCCAUCUCAACUACAACGUAGACAACCUCGAGUCGUCCAACAGCUUCUCAGUCACCCAUGCAUCAUAACCAUUUACCAGGCAGCACAUCCAGGAACUACCAACCCAGCAUAACCAUUUACCAGGCAGCACAUCCAGGAACUACCAACCCAGCAUAACCAUUUACCAGGCAGCACAUCCAGGAACUACCAACCCAGCAUAACCAUUUACCAGGCAGCACAUCCAGGAACUACCAACCCAGCAUAACCAUUUACCAGGCAGCACAUCCAGGAACUACCAACCCAGCAUAACCAUUUACCAGGCAGCACAUCCAGGAACUACCAGGAUUCUUUAGAAAGUAAACAGUUACAGGAUGUCUUUCAA